UGCCACAAUUAGGGGAGAUAUCGGCUUGUUUUCUCGCCAUUUGUUUGUUUUCAUUGGAAUACGUAUAAGAUCUUAUAGCAGACGUAUGCAACUGUGUUGGGAAAGUGAUCAGGAUUUAUUUUACUUUUUUACAAGAGUAGACAGUGACGGUGGUGAUAGUUGUUGUUCGAUGGACCUCCGGGCUGUGGCCUUGGCCCCGGGCUGCCUUGUAACGCUCACCUCCCUGUGUCUCGCCCUGGCUUCUCACAAGGAACAUAUCGCGCCAGAGUUGGCUGGAUGGGAGCGGCGACUGUACGCGAAUCUCACUUCCAAUUACAACGCUUUCUCGCGGCCCGUCAUGAGCGCCUCCCAGCGCGUGCACCUCAACUUCAGCCUCAGUCUCAACCAAGUCAUUGAUCUUGACGAGAAGCACCAGAUCCUCACCACGUAUGUCUGGAUUAACGAGCGGUGGGAUGACGCGAACUUGCGGUGGCGACCGGAGGACUUCGACGGGAUUGAGCGACUCAUGUUCCCCGCCGCCCUGAUCUGGCUCCCGGACAUCUUCAUCUUCAACAUUGCAGGAUUCGCAAAUGAAGGGUUUGUGAACGUGUCCGGAAGCCGAGUGCUCGUGCUGUCUACAGGGAAGGUCACGUGGUCGAUACCGCUCCGCAUCCGGAGCGCGUGCCCCGUGGACGCCACGUACUUCCCUUACGACAGACAGUCAUGUGACAUACAUUUCGGCUCGUGGAUAUAUGAUUUCUCACAGAUAGACAUUUCCCUGGAAUCCAAUAUUGCGGACGUAACAAACUAUGUCGUAAACAAUGAAUUUGAUCUCUAUCACGCUUAUUUGCGGCGGACGAUCGAAGGUCCCAGUUGUUGCCCAGGCAAUGAAAGCCAUCCCAUGGUUCACUUGAGCAUCCAGCUGAAGCGGAAAACCAAUUACUAUGACUACAUUGUCAUCGCCCCGACGCUUAAUCUGUGUGUGUUGACGCUUGCAACGUUCUUACUUCCGUGUGAGUGCGGCUGGAAGAUCGCGAUCGGGCUCACGGUCUUCCUGACCCUAUACGUAUUGCAGCUGCUAAUCGCGGAAAACGUCCCGGACACAAACUCUACACCUUUGAUAAGUGUAUUUAUUCUACUUGUCAUGUCGUUAAACAGCAUAUCCCUCAUAACGGCGACCAUCAUCAUGAACAUUAAGCGCCGAUCUUUAGCGGAUCCGCCGCCUCCCGUGCCGCGUAUUCUCAUGCACGUGUGCGAGAAGUACCUGGCUCGUGUCGUCUGCGCACGCAUGACCAACUGGAAACGGAUUGCUUCUACGCCUAACGAAGUAGUAGAGCAGAUCAUGAUAUUCCCGCCGGCGGACGACGUGUCGGAUUCAGGGGAAACGUGUGGCCAGUACGUGCAGCGACAGGAAAUGAUGUCAGACGUCUCAAACGAAUCCGCAGAUCUUCAAAACUCCCAGGAUAUUGAAAUACAACCGCCCCCCUCACUCGACAGAACAGAAACUGCAGAGUCAUCGUUUUCAACAUCAAGUGCCAAUGACAACUCUCUGAAUGAUGUCGCUUGCACGGAUUGCCUGUUAAAACCAGGGCCUUGUGAUACUGCGAGUCACGAAAACUACUCAUUCCAGGGUGAUGAAUCGGACACGUGCACUGUGACCUCGUCGCGUGACGAAAGACGCGGGCUUGCGGAGACGUCAUUAUAUACUCGGCCACGACGAUUUUCAAAACACAGACCUUCAUACAAAAAAGCAAUAAAAUCCGGUCACACUGUGACGUCUAAACGCCAUUCAACUAAGCCUAAAAUCAGAUACAAUGAAUCCCAACUGUCGAAUAUUAGCCGGAAGUAUCAGUGGUACUUCGUUGCCGAUGUUAUAGACACUACGGCAUUUCUAAUAUACGUAAUCGUCAUGUUCCUCAGUAUUGUGACAGUUCUAGUCAUUAUUCCACUUUUUGCUUGAUUACCUUGUUUUAAUAAUGAUACUUUUAGCAGGGAUCUUGAAAACUGAUGUAUGCCAAUGCAACAUAUAAUAAUAAAUAUAAUAAUAUGCGCCUAUAUGUGAAAAAACAACAACGUAACUAUACAAGAUAAU